AUGACGUCAUAUGUUGCGUUGCUACUCAGACCGGCGCAGCUAGCGGAUUGCUGCGAAACCCAAACAACGUGGCAUGAUUUGGAGUCAUAUUACGAUAAACACACUGUAUUCGGAUUUCUAAAGUACAUUUAAGAUGUUUCGGAAAAUAAUGUGACGCAUUCAAGUCGCGGCGGUCUGCGAAAGAUUCUGGAGCUGUCAAGAUGGCGGACCUCCAUCAUCAUCAUCACAAUUUCUCUCUUUGCUUCUGCGAUUUCAUGAGGCUGAUGUGGUCCCUGGUGGUGCCUUGCCUGUUUAUGAGCAUGCUGCUGACCCUGCUCCUUUUCCUGCUUCUGUUGGGGCUCCGUGCGUGGCUGCAGGGCCGCCGGAGAGCGCAAGCGGGCAAAGGCCCGGUGGUAGCUUUCUUCCACCCAUACUGCAACGCCGGUGGUGGUGGGGAACGCGUCCUCUGGUGCGCUAUCAGGGCCCUCAUGCAUAGGUACCCUCAUGUCUCUUUGGUGGUCUACACAGGCGACCAAGGAGUGACGGGCGCUCAGAUUCUGGAGAAAGCCCAGCAGCGCUUUGACAUCCAGCUGCCUCGACUCGUCACCUUCAUCUUCUUGCACCGUAGAGCUUUGGUGGAGAGCUCGUCCUACCCUAACUUCACCCUGCUUGGACAGAGUGCUGGAUCAAUGCUCCUUGCCUGGGAGGCGUUAAUGGCGUAUGUCCCUGAUGUAUACAUCGAUUCAAUGGGCUACGCCUUCACGCUGCCCAUCUUUCGCUAUCUGGGCGGCUGCCAGGUGGCCAGCUAUGUCCACUACCCAACCAUCAGCACCGACAUGUUGACCGUCAUCCAAGACAGAAAACCCAGGUUCAACAACUCAGCGUGGAUCAGCGACAGCAUCGUGCUGAGCACGUUGAAGGUUUUUUACUACCGCGUGUUUGCUGUCCUCUAUGGGCUGGUGGGUUCGUGUAAUCACGUGAUCAUGGUCAACUCUACCUGGACACUGCACCACAUACUAGAGCUGUGGCGCUGCCCUGCUCGCACUGCUGUUGUCUACCCACCCUGUGGUGUCCAAGCAUUCAUGGACAAUGACAAAGAACCCCGAGAGGAGAAGUGGCGCACCAUUGUGUCAGUGGCACAGUUCCGUCCGGAGAAAAAACAACCAUUGCUGAUCCGAGCGUUUAGCAAGCUGCUGGCCCGCAGGCCUGAGGACUCUGCUCUACAGUUGGUUUUGAUCGGCAGCUGCAGGGAUGCCCAGGAUGAGGAGAGAGUGGCUGCCCUGCGUCAGCUCUGCAGGGAUUUGGGAGUGGAGGAACACGUGCAAUUCAAACUCAACCUACCCUUUCGAGACCUGAAGAAGCAGCUGGCGAGCGCUACCGUCGGACUGCAUGCCAUGACCAACGAACACUUUGGCAUCGGUGUGGUAGAGUGCAUGGCAGCUGGCGCAGUGGUGCUGGCACACAACUCGGGCGGUCCCAAGCUGGACAUCGUUGUCCCAUACGAUGGCGAGCGUACGGGCUUCCUGGCGGACAGCGAGGAUGACUACGCCGCCGGUAUGGACUCUAUUUUGACAUUGACACCGGAGCGCCUUGAUUGUAUCCGCCGCAACGCCCGUCAUGCUGUUCGGCGCUUCUCCGACAGGGACUUCCAUGCUUCCUUCUUGGCCGCGUGCGAGCCAAUUAUGAGCCGCCUUGAGGAAAAGCGGACUGUUGCUGAAAGAUUUCAGACAUUUGAAUGAAAAGCCAUUUUAACAAAAUGGCGUAUCGUAAGACUUUUCGAUCGAUUUGAUUGGGUCGUUGUACCAUAAGAUUGCAAUACAAAAUAUUGCGACAUCGUUUCUGGACGAUACUGAACCUUGACAAAUAUUGAUACAAAAAGUCACAGUUGUCAAACUCAAGGACCAAGGGUCAGAUUCAGCCCACCACAUCAUUUUGUGUGGCCCAUGAGAGUAAAUCACGUGCAUUGACUUAGUUUCUUGUUAAAAUAUAUUGAAACAAAAUUAAGAGUGUCAGAAUUUUUUUUUUAAUUCAUUCUGUAGCCUUAAUAAGGCAAUCGUUUAACUCAUUGACUGCCAGUGAUGGUGUUAGAUGACGUCUAUUUUGACUAGGAGAGGCAGGCAAUGCUCCCAGCCCUCCCAGUCAAAAUGUCUGGUGCCGUAAAUGGCACUGAAUGGUGAUCCUUCACAGCCAUUCCGCCCAGGUUAAGUGAACUGGACAUCUACUAGUCCUUCUAAAAAAAUUAGCAUAUUGUGAUUAAGUUCAUUAUUUUUCGUAAUGUACUGAUAAACGUUAGACUUUCAUGUAUUUUAGAUUCAUUACGCACAACUGAAGUAGUUGAAGCCUUUUAUUGUUUUAAUAUUGAUGAUUUUGGCAAAAAAGUCAAGAAAAAACAAAAAUCCCUAUCUCAAAAAAUUUGCAUAUUUCAUCCGACCAAUACAAAAAAGUUUUUUUUAAUACAAAAAAGUCAACUUUCAAUUAAUUAUAUCAGCUAUGCACUCAAUACUUUGUCGGGAAUCCAUUUGCAGAAAUCACUGCUUCAAUGCGGCGUGGCAUGGAGGUAAUCAGCCUGUGGCACUGCUGAGGUGUUAUGGAGGCCCAGGAUGCUUCGAAGCUUAUCCACAGUGUUGGGUCUGGUGUCUCUCAACUUCUUCUUCACAAUAUCCCACAGAUUCUCUAUUGGGUUCAGGUCAGGAGAGUUGGCAGGCCAAUUGAGCACAGUAAUGCCAUGGUCAGUACACCAUUUGCCAAUGUUUGCCCAUGAUUGCGGUUUUGAGUAAUGAACCAGGCUCGGAGUUUUUAAAAGCCUCAGGAAGUUUUGAGUUAAUUCGUUGAUUCAGAUAAUUAGGUUAGUAGCUUCUUUAGAGUACCUUUUCCCUAUAUGCUAAUUUUUUGAGAUAGGGAUUUUUGUUUUUUCUUGACUUUUUUGCCAAAAUCAUCAAUAUUCAAACAAUAAAAGGCUUGAACUACUUCAAUUGUGUGUAACGAAUCUAAAAUAUAUGAAAUUCUAAUGUUUAUCAGUACAUUACGGAAAAUAAUGAACUUGUAGGACACAAAUAGUGGAAUUCCUGAAUCAUUGACAUGACUGACUGGGAUGCCGAAAGAGUUGGUCUGGCAACAAGCGACAACGACGAGCAGGCUUAACAGGGCGGCUGAUUGUGAUGGUGAGAAGCUGUCGUCGUUCCCCUGUCUGGCCUCCAGCCUGCAAUCAGGUAGACCUAACAACGAGAGUGUACGAGCAAUGUUAGUAGUAUGUAGUAGAGAACCCAGUAUGAGGACGAAUCACCUGUGAGUAUAAGUCGAUAUUACUUUUACCUAUGUGAUAGCUAAUCCUGGCACCAACAGUUUUAUAUACCGCUAUGUGUCUAGUGGCACCUAGUCAUGCCUGCACCCACUAUGCAUGUGCCGGUAUGAUAUUCUGAUGGAAUGAUAACCUUAAACCAAAAUAUCACGGUUUCACAGUAUCACGGUAUUGCAAUUACACCUCUGAAAUGUGUUACUUUGAGAUACAGUAUCUGGGUUUAAAACAUAAAUAAAACUUAUUUUCAUUGAA